AUGAAAUCAGUCACCAGUGGAAGGGUAAGAAGCCAAUCUAUAGUUUCAAAUAUAGCCACCUCUCAAAAUUUAAAAGAGGACGAUUUAUUACAUCCAUCGUAUAAAGUUCCAGCUAUUGGAUCCCCAAAAAACCUUUCUCUAUUUAAAGAAAAAUUAAAACUGUUACAAACUCUCUUGCCAAAUACCAACAAUAACAAGAAUUUGUUUGAGGAGGAAUUCCAAUUGCAAGCAGAAUUAGAAGACGAUACCAGUGGAAGAUCUAAUGAAUAUGUCAAUCUGAUUGAAAGCUUCAUUGAUAAUCUGAAUUCCAAAAAUGUUAAUGAAUAUAACGUCAUUAAUGAGCAAGUCAAUUCAAUCAACAACAGUUUUUCAGGAUUAGCUGAAAAAUUAGACAAAUUGGAUAUCCAGCAUGACAAUUUUUAUCAAAAGGUUGGUGUGUUGUAUGAACAAUUUGAAAAUUUGACAUUAGAAAAAAAUUUAGUCUCUGACUAUUUGAAAAUGUUUGAAAAUUUGCAAUAUGUUAACAAAAAAUUGGUUACUUUCAACUUUAAAUUUGUCAAUAGGAGAAAAGAUAAAAUCGAAGAAAUUUUAAACACCAUCAUCAAUUCAAUUGUGUUCCUACAAAACCAUACUGAAUUUAAAAGUUAUGAUUCGUACAAGUUUAAAUUUAAACAAAGUUUAAAUAAAGUUUGUGAAUUGAUUACCAAAUAUUUAAAUUCAGUUUUAUUGAAAGGUAUAGUCGAAGACGUUACAAUAAAAUUAGGAAAUAUCUCAGACACCAAAAACUUGCAGGUUUCCAAAAGUAGUAAAGAAAUUUUGUUGUAUAAUAAAUUUUCACAGGCGAAUUAUUCGUCAAUAUAUUACGAAAUCAUUGGGUUGCUAACCGACUGUAUCAAAGCGUUAAAUAAUGAACAGUAUUAUUGUAGGGAACUUGAGAAGGACUUUUUGAAAAGUUGUUACACAAAUUUCCAAAACGCCAGAUAUAAAUUACUACAUCCUUUGAUCUGGCUGCAACUAGACGAGAUUAUAGUGAACGAUAAAAAUAGCAAUACUUUGGUUAAGUUUAUUCAAGAUAAUGUACUCUAUUUUAGUUCAAUUUUCGAAAAGGAAUUUGUGCUUUUCAAUAAAUUUUUCCCGGAUUUCCCAUCAAAAACUGACAUUGUUAAUAAUUGGUUUGAGACUCUAUGCGAACCUUUUUACGAUUCUUUUAGAAUAAGGGUGUUAAGAGAAAAUAGUAUUCCAAUUUUAUGUGAUUGUAUUUCUUUGCUAAACAAAUAUUAUGAAUUUGAAGAAGGUUCUAUGGAGUAUGAAUUACAAUUUUCUCAGAUCAAACUAAAUAAAUUAUUUGAGCCCAUUUUGCGAGACGUACAAAGCAGAUUGGUGUUCAAAGCACAGCUAUACGUAGAAACCAAUGUUAUUAAUUACAAACCCUCUUUAAAUGAAUUUAUUAUUGCAAACAAUAAGGAGUUAGAUAAGGACGAAAUGGUUCAACAAUUCUUAGAUAGUUGUAAGAUAUCAAUGAAUAUAAAGGCGGGGAAUGUUGAUGACAAAGAAGAUCACGAGACCAAUCCCGAUAUUAUUUUAACAAGAUAUUACAAGCCAAUGAUUAAAGCACUGGCAUUAUUAUCUAAAAUAUACCAAAUGGUCAGCUCUUCUAUAUUUGAUGAUUUAGCUCACCAUAUCCUUCACGAUUGUAUCACUUCUUUAAAAACAGCUUUUGAGAUUAGUAUAAAUAGAAAUAACAAUAUUGACAUUAUAUUAGCGUAUCUGUCUAAUUUACUAUUUUUAAGGGACCAAAUAGAGUGUUUUGAUAUACAAUAUAUCAGUAACGAAGUUUAUUUAGAUUUCACAACAUUGGGUGCUUUUUGGAAUACAAUAACGCGUCAAAACAUGAAUAACAUUGAUAAUCGCAACAGCAGCUCCGAGGGUCAUAACAUGGUUAACAAUAGCUCAAGUGUUAUCGAUGGCGGUAGAAAAUCUAGUACAAUUUCACUAUUCUCUUUAGCUCGUGACUCUGUUCCCAAGGUGGUUAAUAAUAUGAUAGAUGCUAGAACUGAGUUGAUGACUGAGUUACGUAACGCCGUUAAUAUUUUCACUGAAACUUGCGGUAAAAGCUUGAUAGGAGAUUGUUUUACACAUUUAGAAAAUGGGAAAUUAAAUGAGAGGGAAGCUAAACUAAUACUGAAUCUAGAGGAUGGAUUUCAAAAGAUAUAUAAACAGAUUAAAAUGUUUAUUAUUGAUCAGUCAAUCACGAAUCAUCUAUUAGAUGCUAUUCAAGAAUACAUUGUCGAGUCAUAUAAUGUUUAUUAUAACAGUUUAACAACACUAUUAUCCUCAUCAUCAUCAGCGGUUACUGUUGGUUUUUCAGAAAAAGAGGUUGCAGAUUUAAUGUACGUUGAUGUAUUUAAUGAAUAUCUCACCAACAUUAUUCAAAAAUUGAAAAGUACAUAG